UUCCCCUUCUCCCUCGCUCUACCAAGUGUUCAAGGAAACGGAAGGCCUGGCCUUACAAGGCCAGCAGCGCCAUGGGGGAGAGGCACCAGGGGAGGGUAGGGAACUGUCAGUCUGUCACAGACCCCUGUAAGCGCAUAACCGACCCCUUUCAAGCCCGGCCCAAUUUCAACGGGCUCGCCCAAUCCUUUUUUUCCUUCUUUUUUUCUUUAUUUUCCAUCGCAGGAGGAAACAUGACGCUUAGCAAGGCAAAGCACGGGUGAAGAAGUCGGCCGAUCGGUGACUUUGUAACUGGACCCCAUGUUGCUCGGCACUUUCCGGCCCAUCGCUCGGUCUCGUACUCUUCGGCGCAGUCAAGUCCGGCGAUUUUGCACCAUUGCAGAAACGUCGGAUGCUAAAAGCCUCCGGCGCAGACAGUGCAGAGUGAGACAUCCGGGCCGGGGACUUGUCCAUAACCUGGCUGGUCCUGGUCCCUUGCAGUCCCAGCUGCUGGUCUGCAGAAGACCAGGCCCAAGUCGCCCAGCGGGGCAGCAAGACGUUGCGCUGGGACUCGAUUGGAUUGGUUGCCUGCUCCUCCGACCCUCAAUCCACGCACCAAAAAACAACAACAGUUCAGGCUAAAAGUGCGCAGCACUGAUCGGUAGCACUCUAGCCGAGACGGGCGGACCAUAGUUGAAAGAUAGAUGCCUUCUCUUUCCGUGAUCGAUUGCAAUGACCUAGGGUGUUUCUGUACCACCUUCUCUCGGCAGACAGAUUCUACAGUAGACGGGGCCGGGGUUUAUGACGGAAAGAAUGCCAGUCUCCAGCAGUGCUCCAAAGGGGAAAGCUCACCUGAAGCUGUGCAACCUUUCGCUUCACCCAUAUUACACGUCACCCUGAGAGCAACCACAGUCACACUGUUACUACU